AUCUAAUUGCUUUUUAGCCGCCCUCAAUUGAACAUACCAUGUGGACAAAGUUUUAAAGAUGGAGGAUUUGUUGAAGUUAGAAGAACUCUCACUCGUGUCCAAGAUAUGCACUGAGCUGGAGAACCAUCUGGGUAUAAAUGACAAAGUUUUAGCCGAGUUUGUGAUUGCAUUGGCUGAGAAACACCCCUCUCUGGAGGCUUUCAAGUCUGUCCUAGCUGAGAAUGGAGCGGAGUUUCCGGACUCGUUAGCUAUGAACCUCCUGCGUUUGAUCCAGACAAUGAGACCACCCAAGAAAAAGAAGAAGAAGAAAGGCAAUAAAAAGGAGGAGCCUGACAUGCCCCCUGACCCAAAGAGGGAGGCGUUCCCCGGACUGUGUCUCCCUGACAACCAGAGCGAAGUGCAACAGCUUCUGAAACCGAACGAGGGAGACGUGCAGGUUGCCAAGGAUGCACUCAGUGAGCUGGAGGCUCUAAUGCCUGCAGACCCUAAGCAAUCAUCCUCUACUCAUGAGAGGAGCUCCCCCGUCCGAGAACACAGGGGCAGAGAUGACAGACGCCAUCGCUCACGAAGUCGGGAGAGGAGACAUCAUCGAGAUAGACGGAGCAGGAGUAGGUCACGUGACAAACGAAGCAGAUCACGUGACAGACAUAGACGUCACCGGAGCAGGUCGUAUGACAGGUCACAUGAUAGGGGGCGUUAUAGGAGAUCACCGUCACCGAGGUCUGACCGUAGAGAACGACAGGAAGAGAAACCAUUGCAACCGUCGCAACCAGAAGUAUCUGGUAUCUACGAUGGCAAAGUGACAAGCUUAAUGAACUUCGGGUGUUUCGUUCAGCUAGAGGGUGUGCGAGGUCGUCACGAGGGGUUGGUCCACGUCUCACAGCUGAGGAGAGAGGGGCGUGUCAAGGAGGUCGCAGAGGUUGUUAGCAGAGGUCAGAGGGUGAAGGUCAAAAUUCUUUCCAUCAGUGGCGGCAAGAUUGGCCUCUCCAUGAAGGACGUGGACCAGAGGACAGGCUCGGACUUGAACCUGGAGGUGAACCGACUACUGGUGGGAGGAGAGUCACAGGACCACGGUGCAAGGAACCCUGACAGACCUGCUCACAUGAGUGGCCUUGUGCGUGCGGAAGACCAGCAACAACCCAGUGCCCAGCGAGGUAUGACUCGACUCACGUCUCCAGAGAAAUGGGAGAUCAAGCAACUGAUAGCUGCCGGCGUACUGGACCCCUCUGAUUACCCUGGCUUUGACGAGGAGACAGGUAUACUGCCUGGAGGCGAUGACCCGGGUUCAGACGAGGAUAUAGAGAUAGAGAUUGUAGACGACGAGCCUGUGUUUCUACGGGGACAAACCAAACUCACCGUUAGUAUCAGCCCCGUCAGGAUCGUGAAGAAUCCUGACGGGUCCCUGCAGCGUGCGGCCAUGACUCAGAGCGCCCUCUCCAAAGAGCGACGAGAGUUGAGACAAGCUCAACGAGAGGCAGAUAUGGACAAUGUUCCUCGUGACAUCGGCAAGACGUGGAUCGAUCCCGUUCCUGGAGGGGGGACAGGGGGACGACAUUUAGCCGCUGAAUUUCAGACCCUCGCAGCCCCCCCUGAGAUGCCAGAGUGGAAGAAGGCUUCCUUUGGCGGCAACAAGGCGUCCUAUGGAAAGAAGACUCCGCUCUCGUUACUAGAACAACGACAGGGGCUCCCUAUCUAUAAACUGAAGGAAAAUCUUGUACAGGCUGUCAAAGAUAAUCAGAUCCUGGUGGUAAUUGGUGAGACAGGCAGUGGUAAGACUACCCAGAUCACACAGUAUCUGGCAGAGGCGGGCUUCUGCAUACGUGGGAAGAUAGGAUGCACUCAACCUCGUAGGGUGGCUGCUAUGUCCGUUGCUAAGAGAGUCUCGGAAGAGUUUGGCUGUAGGCUGGGCCAAGAGGUUGGCUACACCAUUCGGUUCGAGGACGUGACCUCGCAAGAGACCCUCAUCAAGUACAUGACGGACGGUAUGCUGCUGAGGGAGUGCCUCAUCGACGGUGACCUGAAACAGUACGCCAUUAUCAUGUUGGACGAAGCUCACGAACGGACCAUUCACACCGACGUGCUGUUUGGGCUGCUUAAAAAAGCCGUCAAGAAGAGGCCUGAUCUCAAGCUGAUUGUUACCUCGGCAACGCUGGACUCAGUCAAAUUCUCGUCCUAUUUCUACGAGGCUCCCAUCUUCACCAUCCCUGGCCGCACCCACCCUGUGGACAUCCUCUACACUAGGGAGGCGGAGACUGACUACCUUGACGCUGCACUCAUCGCUGUCAUGCAGAUACACCUUACCGAACCACCUGGAGACAUUCUCGUGUUUCUCACAGGUCAGGAGGAGAUUGACACGUCAUGUGAGAUCCUCUUUGAGCGAAUGAAGUCCCUCGGCCCUGAAGUGCCGGAGCUGCUAAUCCUCCCUGUAUACUCUGCCCUCCCCUCCGAAAUGCAGACGAGGAUAUUUGACCCCGCUCCUCCCGGAACGAGGAAGUGUGUGAUAGCCACCAAUAUCGCUGAGACGUCACUGACCAUUGACGGUAUUUACUAUGUUGUGGACCCUGGAUUUGUCAAGCAGAAGGUGUACAACUCAAAGAGCGGGCUAGAUGCUCUAGUGGUCACCCCUAUAUCACAGGCCCAGGCUAAACAGCGAGCUGGUCGUGCCGGGCGCACUGGUCCCGGGAAGUGUUACCGACUGUAUACCGAGAGAGCGUACAGAGACGAGAUGUUACCCACGGCAGUUCCUGAGAUACAACGGACCAACCUCGCUUCCACGGUGCUCUCUCUGAAAGCUAUGGGCAUCAACGACCUCCUCUCGUUCGACUUCAUGGACCCCCCUCCCAUGGAGACAAUGAUCUCGGCCAUGGAGCAGCUGCACUCGUUAUCAGCGCUUGACGACGAGGGGCUCCUCACUAGAUUAGGGCGGAGAAUGGCAGAGUUUCCGCUGGAGCCACAGCUCAGCAAGAUGUUGAUACAGUCGGUACAUCUGGGCUGCAGUGAAGAGGUGCUGACGAUUGUCUCCAUGCUCUCCGUGCAGAAUGUCUUCUACAGGCCAAAAGAGAAGCAAGCCAUAGCUGAUCAACGCAAGGCCAAGUUUCACCAGCCUGAGGGCGACCACCUCACACUACUGGCCGUCUACAAUGCCUGGAGGAACAACAAAUUCUCCAAUCCGUGGUGUUUCGAGAACUUUGUUCAGGCAAGGAGUCUUCGAAGGGCACAGGACAUUCGCAAACAGAUGCUGGGGAUAAUGGACAGACAUAAACUGGACGUGGUGUCUUGUGGCAAAGCUGUUGCUAAGGUUCAGAAAGCUAUCUGUUCUGGUUUUUUCAGAAACGCUGCCAGAAAGGACCCUCAGGAAGGUUACAAGACCACAGUGGAUAGUCAGACUGUUUAUAUUCAUCCCUCCAGUGCUCUGUUCAACAGACAGCCGGAUUGGGUCAUCUACCAUGAGCUAGUGCUCACCACCAAAGAGUACAUGAGAGAGACCACUUCUAUUGACCCGAAAUGGCUGGUAGAGUUUGCACCUGCCUUCUUUAGAUUCUCUGAUCCCACCAGACUGAGCAAGAGGAAGAGACAAGAAAGAAUUGAACCUCUCUACAACAGGUAUGAGGAGCCAAAUUCUUGGAGAAUAUCUCACCAGAAAGUCAGAAAGUGAUGGACAAGUAAUUACGUACAACAGAACAAUAGCCAUUCAAUUUGUGCGUACUAAUUUACCCUUCACUUUCGAGUAUAUACUUUUUGCUGCUGUACAUUGUUAUAUAGAA